CAGAAUUUUAACGUCAACUACACGUUUGAAAAGUAUUUUUUAAUAGAUGAUAAUACACAAUUGAGUAUCGGCAAUGACAAAAUCGUAAUCUCAAAUGAUUGAAAAUAUAUUUAAUAUAUCAAGCGCUGUGUGCUUAAAUACCAUUGAAAUUCUAAAAAUGGUUAGACAUAAAUAUUGCCUAGUCCCUUAAGUGACUGGAAGCCAUGUUGCAGGCUUCAACCAUUUUGGCGGCUUCCCAACAGUUUAAUGGCGUUCCGCGCUACGAGCAGAAUCAACAGUUUGGCAACUAAGAGAGCGGGCCUAAGAGAGCGCUGCACUGCUUUUCCGACGGCGACGAAGGGCGACGCUCCUCGGUUCGGAUGGCCGAGUGCCAAGAGCCGACAGCCGAGAGGCGAGUGAAGGCGUCUGAAGGCUUCGCUUCCCGUUAGUUGAACUUAGUUCCGUUAAUUCCGUUGAACCGUCGCUGGGUGUGGACGCGAACGUCGGAAGCUGCCGUGGCUCUGACAACGAGGAUGACGAUAAUGAUGAUGCGGCAUUAGCAGCAUCGGAGGCAUCAGCAUCAGCAUCAACAUCAGCAUCAGCACCAGGCGGCAGACGGCAGGCUCCAGGUCGAGAAAUUCCCGCAAAAGUUCAAGUGACAAUUUCCCAGCCAAUAAGAACUUUGCCGACAACGUCAACGCAAAUUGAAUUCGAAUCGAUUGUCUCUCGAUCUUCAUCGAUUCAUUACGCGCAGGAAUAAGAAAGCAACCGCAAACUUUCCAGUGAAAAGUUAGUCCGGCCCUGUUCGUGUGGCAGUGCAAGCGUGAAGAAACCGAAAACUGUUCAAAUGAGUUCUCCCAAACCAGAAAUAAACCAAUUAACCGGACCUGCUCUUGUGCAAUAAAUAAAUUGGCAACAAUUAUGACUUGCGAGUGCAACUCGGGCAUAAUCAAAUGAAAUGUCAAACAUAAUAUUUGUGGCAAUCCUCGUUAAAAGCCACCCACUGCGAACAUAGUCGUGCAACGUGUAGUGGCAGUAGCACAAAGAGGUCAAAGAAAGUCAAGAAACUCGUCGCAAACAUUUCUUUGAAGCUCGCAGGCAUACUAAAUCAGAAGCCACAAUCCAACUCCGGAAAUCGAGUCAGAUACCCCGCAUAUGUGAGGGCAACCGCAGCCCGAAGGACGCAGGACGAAGGCGGUUGCGGUUGUGGAGGCGGAAGUGAAAGCGGAGGCGGACCAUGCCCUCUGCAGAUCAGAUCCUGUUCAUAAAUGUCACCACUACGGUGGCGGCGGCGGCCCUAACCGCGGCAGCGUCCGUAGGCAGCGUAAAAUCCGGCGGAAGUAAUGAUGCUGGAUCCGCCCUCGAGCGGCUGGAGGGCACGACUCCGACGUCUGCCAAUGUGUCCGGGUCACUGGUCGAGGGUCUGACUACUGUGGCGGCGGGUCUAGGUACCGCCCAGCCGGAUGGGGACUCCGGGGAGUGCGGAGGCGCCGUGGAGGAGCUGCACGCCAGCAUACUGGGCAUCCAUCUGGCGGUGCCCGAGUGGGAGGCCCUCCUAACCGCCCUGGUCCUGUCGGUCAUCAUCGUCCUGACCAUUAUUGGCAACAUACUGGUGAUCCUGAGCGUGUUCACCUACAAGCCCCUACGCAUCGUCCAGAACUUUUUCAUCGUUUCGCUGGCGGUGGCCGACCUCACGGUGGCCCUGCUGGUGCUGCCUUUCAACGUGGCCUACUCGAUCCUGGGCCGCUGGGAGUUUGGCAUUCACCUGUGCAAGCUGUGGCUCACCUGCGACGUGCUCUGCUGCACGAGCUCCAUUCUCAACCUGUGUGCCAUCGCAUUGGACCGCUACUGGGCCAUUACCGACCCGAUCAACUACGCCCAGAAGCGGACGGUGGGCCGGGUCCUGCUGCUCAUCUCCGGCGUGUGGCUGCUCUCGCUCCUCAUCAGCAGUCCGCCACUGAUCGGCUGGAACGACUGGCCCGACGAGUUCACCAGCGCCACACCCUGCGAGCUUACAUCGCAGCGCGGCUAUGUCAUCUACUCGUCGUUGGGCUCUUUUUUCAUUCCCCUGGCGAUCAUGACCCUGGUCUACAUCGAAAUAUUCGUGGCAACACGCCGCCGUCUGCGGGAGCGAGCCAGGGCGAACAAGCUCAAUACGAUUGCCCUCAAGUCCACGGAACUGGAGCCCAUUAACUCCUCGCCGGCCGGGGCCUCUGCUUCCGCUUCCGGGUCCAAGUCCCGCCUACUGACCAGCUGGCUGUGCUGCGGAAGAGAUCGGGCCCCCUUCGCGGCGCCCAUGAUCCAAAACGACCAAGAGAGCAUCAGCAGCGAGACCCACCCGCCGGCUCAGGAGGCCUCCAAGACCGGACCCGGCUCGCACAUCUCCAGCGACCAGCAGCAGCACGUAGUGGUGCUGGUCAAGAAGUCGCGCCGCUCCAAGAUCAAGGACUCGAUAAAGCAUGGCAAGGCCAGAGGCGUCCGUAAAUCGCAGUCCUCGUCCACCUGCGAGCCCCAUGGGGAGCAGCAGCUGCUGCCAGCCACGGGAGGCGGACAGUCUGCCGGCGGAAAGUCCGACGCAGAAAUCAGCACGGAGAGCGGAAGCGACCCGAAAGGAUGCAUCCAGGUCUGCGUAACACAGACAGACGAGCAGACCUCGCUGAAGUUGACCCCGCCCCAAUCCUCGACGGGAGCUGCCGUCGCAUCCGCCACGCCCCUGCAGAAGAAGCCCAGUGGCGUGAACCAGUUCAUCGAGGAAAAGCAGAAGAUCUCGCUGUCCAAGGAGCGACGGGCGGCGCGCACACUCGGCAUCAUCAUGGGCGUGUUCGUCAUCUGCUGGCUGCCCUUCUUCCUCAUGUACGUCAUCCUGCCAUUCUGCCAGAGCUGCUGUCCCACGAACAAGUUCAAGAACUUCAUCACCUGGCUGGGCUACAUCAACUCUGGCCUGAACCCGGUCAUCUACACGAUAUUCAACCUGGACUACCGACGAGCCUUCAAGCGUCUGCUGGGCCUGAACUGAGACCGACGGGGGGUGUGGGGGGGAGCCGGAGGAGCAGGAGGAGGGGGGCGCGGGCGCCGGGAAGGAAGGAGUGAAAGGAAGAGCAUUACUCAAAGCUAGUGCCAAACUUAAAGGGUGACCACCUGACCGUAUCCGAUCAGUAGAGAUCUCAGAGGAAAAUGGAAAAUGGUUUACUUGAAAAAUGGGUAUCAAGCGUCUGCAAUAUAGUUUUCAUAGUUUUAUAAUUUUUCGUCAGCUCUUUAAGGGUGAAUUAAUUUAAAAACCAAUCAUUUAUAAGAUCCAUAUUGCUUUUCUAGACUUUUUUCUUAAAAAACAUGGUCGAAAUGUUUUAAAAACACUUUUAAAGCUAAGUUUCUUUACAGGACAGACUUUGGAUCCGAUUAAUUUUUAGAAAAUUAUUUUUCCAAAGCAGCUAGUCCAACGAAAAUAAACUAAAGUGUUAAAUACUCAUGAAAAAGCU